CAACUGGUAGACUAAGCUCUGGGGAAUUUGCCAAUGUUCAUAGAAUCCAGAGGCAGCAAUCAUCAAUGAUAACAGCAGCUGCGUACAAGCACGAGUAAUGGCAGCAGUAUGUAUCUACCCUAUCAAGCUAUCUCAUCGAACGACUUGGAGCCAACAAGCUUCCACGAUCCAUUCAUUCGACGAAUUGGAUUGGAACAAAGAUGUGGAGCUAAAAACUUUUUUUCCUCUUGUUCCAAGUUGUGAUGGUGUGUCGCCUUUUGCAUACCGCGAAUUGGGAUUAGGCGGCUUUUGUUUUCGAUGGGUUUUCGUUGGUUGGACAAGGAUCCGCUUGUUUUGCCUCGCCGCCCAAGCUGCCUUGCCACUGGCUCUUCAUUUUCUUUCUUUUUUUUCUACGUCUUUCUUUUGCCGCGUUGGGUAGUGGGUAGUAGGACGAUCGAUGCCCUGUUGAUUCAUUGUUUCGGAGUGAGGCUGAAUUGGGAUGGGCAACAUGGGCUGAUGGGAUAGCUAGCAGUCAGCGCCAAAGAAAAGUCAAUCAUGGAAUGGCAAAUGCCAGUUUAGGGUAACGAUAAGCGAGGACAGCUCCAGCUGCUUUGUGUCUGUCUCUGUUCCG